AUGGUGAUGACCCAUUGCUGCUGCUGCAGCGUCAUCGUAUGGUGCUACGUGUUCUUGUUCUUCGACGGCAUCGCCGGCCUGCUCUUCGCCGUCAAGCACUUUGACCUCAAUUGGUUUGACCUGAAGGAGCGCGCGCAAGGAGCGCACUGGGAUGUGAUGGGAGGAGGAAAAUGCAUGGAUCUCGGCCUUGGCUCCAUCGGCAUCGCCAUCGAAAUGAGCUUGCUGGUGAUCGUGGCCAUCGCCUUCGUCGGUCUCUGCCUCCGAAAGUCGCUGCUCCUCCUCCCCUACCUUAUCUUCAAGCUUCUCAUCGUCGGGUUGACCAUCUACAUGCUCGUGCAGUACAGCCUCCACUACGAUCAGUGCAAGACCCUGCUGUUCGCCAGCAUCGUGGCCCUCCUGUUCAGUCUGAUGACUUACUCAGUGGUGCUGAACGCAUUCCGCGUCAUCAAAUACCAAUAUCAUGAAGUGGCUGGCGGACGCUAUCCU